AUGUUUGAUUUUUCUCCCCUCCUAGACUAUCGCAUGCAGUUGAACAAUUUUCUGCAACAUAGAUUCAGAUCUACACAAGACCUCCGGCUCGAUAGCUCAUCGACCGGUCUCGAGCACGCACUGUGGUGGACCGUGAUCGUAUACUUCCGAGACUGUGAAUAUGGCAGAGGCGAGGGGGCAACCAAAGGGUCUGCCACAGAAAUUGCUUGUCAGAUUGCUCUGCAAGCCCUCAUGCAACCAGGAAUUGGCCAUUGA